UGACAGAUACCCUUAUUAUGGAAGCGAGCCAGUGUCUGGCAGUGUCCAGUAUUCUGGGUCCUAUGCCGAGCUCUGUCUCCUCCAGAUCCUUUAGCCCACAACAGUUGGAGUAUUCCCGCAAGAGGAAGAUCAGCGAGACCGAUAGUCUAACCACAGACGGAGCUGAAACGAAUGAUCUGCAGAGCAGAGAGGCUCACAGCCAGACUGAGAAGCGGCGGCGGGAUAAAAUGAACACAUUGAUUGAGGAAUUGUCCGCCAUGAUCCCGCAGUGUGACCCCUUACCCCGUAAGCUUGACAAGCUAACUGUCCUGCGGAUGGCUGUUCAGCAUUUGAAAUCACUGAAGGGUUCCAGCAGCUCGUUCACAGAGGAGAGUUACAAGCCAUCAUUCUUGCACCAGGACGAGCUCAGACACUUAAUCCUAAAGGCAGCCGACGGCUUCCUGUUUGUGGUCGGAUGCGACAGAGGAAAAAUCCUGUUUGUGUCUGAAUCCGUCUCAAAGACGCUGAAGUACAGCCAGGCUGACCUGAUAGGACAAAGUCUGUUCGAUUAUCUACAUCCCAAGGAUGUUGCCAAAGUAAAGGAACAGCUGUCCUCCUCGGACAUCACCCCACGGGAAAAAUUAAUUGAUGCCAAAACUGGUUUGCAAGUGCACACACACUUUCAGGCUGGCUCGUCCCGUCUCCAUUGGGGCUCCCGACGGUCGUUUUUCUGUCGCAUGAGGACCAGCCGCGUGUCCAACAAAGAGAAGGAGGAAUUCCUUCCCGGAGUCAAGAAAAAAGAACACCGGCGGUACUGUACCAUCCACUGCACGGGCUACCUCCGCAACUGCCUGUCCAGCGAGGUAGGCAUGAAAGAAGACAGUGACUCCGAGAAAGAGUCCUACAAUUUCAGCUGCCUCGUGGCCAUUGGAAGGCUUCACCCGUACAUCAUACCGCAGAGCACUGCUGAUAUUAAAGUCAAGCCCCCCGAGUUUGUCACACGUUACACCAUGGAUGGUAAAUUUGUUUAUGUGGAUCAACGAGCCACGGCUAUUUUAGGGUAUCUUCCUCAGGAGCUGUUGGGCACUUCCUGCUAUGAGUACUUCCAUCCAGAUGACCACAGCCACCUAACGGAGCAGCACAAAAGUGUUCUUCAGAGUAAAGAGAAAAUUGUGACAAAUCCGUACAAGUUCAGGGUGAAAGACGGGUCCUUCAUUAUCCUGAGGAGCCAGUGGUUCAGUUUCAUUAAUCCGUGGACCAAAGAGUUUGAAUAUAUUGUAUCGGUUAACACCGUGGUCUUAGGCCAAGGGUCAUCUCUAGAGUCUGUCUCUCUCCCCGGGAGCUCGCACUCUUCAGAAGAUACUUCCAAGCGUCCUUACCGCAACUUACCUGGGAUGUCCAGCGGGACAGUGCUUGGUGCUGCAAACAUUGGAAAAGAGAUUGCAAAACAGAUAUUAGAACUGCAGAGGUUGCACUCUCCACCGUUUAAUGGAGAUAUAAGUCCUAGCAUCCUUUUAAAGAAAUCCCCCCUUGGCCUUGGCACCCCAUCCGGGGAGAAAGACGAUUUGGUACGACUGUCCCCUUCAGAAAUUGAGAAACUAGACGCGUCUUCUCAAAAUGACACCUUGCCUUCGUUCCCUAUUCCAGACCACCUCAUGAGUGACGGUUCCACUUUUGACUUCGAGAACGACGAAACCGCCAUGGCCGCCCUCAUGAACUUUUUCGAGGCAGAUGGCGGCCUUGGCGACAACGGAGACCUGAACAAUACACACUGGACCGCCUUUUAA